AAAUUACUAGCGCCUGCGGAGACGCUGAAUAUUUUAAUGGUAGGCAUGGACGGGUUAUCCAGGCACCAGUUUAUUAGGUCAAUGAACCUGACGUAUUCGUUUCUUAAAAACGAACUCAACUCUUUUGAUAUGGAAAUGUACACGCAACUCGGGAAAAACACUUUCCCGAAUUACCUCCCCUUGUUGACCGGAUACAACAUCAGUGAGGUGGAGGAGUGGUGGGAGUGGUCCACCAAUACGGACGAGUUUGACCUAGUUUGGGGCGAUUUCCGGAAGGCGGGGUUCAGGACUUUAUACACAGAGGACAUCCCCUCCAUCGGGGGUUUCCAUUACGAAAAACCCGGGUUUAAACUCCCGCCCACAACCUACUACAGCCGACCGGUUAGUAUGGCGAUGGAGAGGGAUAAAGAUUUACAGAAGCCUGGGUAUCAUUGCGCUGGGAAUAUCCCGGAUAUCGUUUUUCAUUUAAAUUACAUGGAGAAAUUUUUCGACACCUACCCCAACACGCCGAUCUACGCCAUGUCGUUGUUUACGAAACUAACCCACGAUGAUAUGACAAAUUCCAAAAUGGCGGAUGCGCAUUUGUUUAAUUUUUACAAAACUAUGAAGCAGAAAGGACAUCUUAACAACACAGUAGUCAUAACUUUCUCAGAUCAUGGACCACGAUGGGGCGCCAUUAGAUCGACCGUUAACGGCAUGGUCGAAAGUCGUUCGCCAUACGCCAUUUUUUCCUUUCCCAAAUGGUUUUUAGACAAGUACCCGGAAAUCAGAACCAACUUGAAGACCAACACACAAAGGCUGACCACCCACUUCGACACGCAUGCCACACUGCAGGAUUUAAUCUACUUCCGGCCGAAAACCCCCAGCCCGCUAGCUCCAGGAAAACACGGCAUCAGCCUCUUCAAAGAGAUUCCAAUCAACCGGACGUGCGAGGACAUUCCGAUACCGCUGGAGUUCUGUCUCUGUGACCAAGUCAACAUUGAGACAGUCCCGCGCCAUGAUGAACUCUUCCACGCCUUCUCUGAGGUCAUUGUGCUAAAAAUAAACUCCAAACGGAAUCAAAAUAUAUGCGAAAAAUUAAAACUGCAAAAAACUCUUCAGUUAUUGAGGAUACAAUUACCAAAACAAAAAGAAAAAGAUAAACAGUUAUUUAAGAUUCGGUUUCAAACUACCCCAGGGGAGGCGAUCUAUGAAGGGACAAUACAGACUCCCAAGGGAGAUAAUGUAAAAAUUAUUCAACUUUUGAAUGAGACAAUUAGUUCUGGGAGAAGUUCCAGUGUCGUUGUAGGGGACUCUGUUGACAGAUUGAACUUCUAUAAGGGGCAGGCGGAUUGUGAGAAUGACGCGUCAAAAAAACCUUACUGUUACUGUAAAAAUUUAGUUUGAUUGUAGGAUUACUACACCAGACUAAUUUUUGUGUGGACUAACCUAUAUAAAC